AUGAACGUCAGCAAAAGAGGUAGAACUUACCAUUUGGGGAAAUCUUUAAGUGAUGACUUACGAUCGUUAAUAGUUGAUAAAUGUUUACAAAGAGGAGGCGAUCCGGCUCAUAAUUUUCUUCCUGUAACAUUUACAUCUAUAGCUCAAGAAAUCGGUGUUGCCCACAAUACUGUCUCCAAAGUCUGGAGGGAUUUUUGCCAACGGCGACGUAUUAAUCCGCUACCAAAAGGAGGAGAUCACAGCAGAAAGCUAUCGGACGGUGAUCUUGAACUUAUCGAACUGCUUAAAAGAGUAAAGGGUUCUACGCAAUUAAGCGAAAUAUAUUCUGUGCUCGAAGAAGUUGGUGACGUCGAAAGCAUCAGUUUAUCCUCUAUUUCGAGAGCUAUCAAGUCGAAACUUUUAUCCGGUAAACAAUAUUCACGAAAAAAAAUUACACAUGUGGCAAAGCAACGUUUUACCGAUGAAAAUAUUGUAUACACACAGUUAUUUAUAAAUUACCUUGCUGCAAAGGAUCCAGCAAAAAUAAAGUUCUUCGAUGAAGCCGGAGUAAAAAUUCCUGAAAUAGGCACGCGUCUUUAUGGAAGUGCUCCAGUUGGUGAACGGUGUGUAGAGGUUGUCAAAAAGGUGGAAUCUCCAAAUGCCACUUUAAAUUUGUUAAUAUCUGUUAAUGGUCCUGAAUAUAUGAACAUCAUAGACGGAGCUACAAAUACAGUACAUUUUUGGAAUUUCUUCUGGGAGGCAUCACAAGCGGCAAAUUAUAUAACUGGCAGGCCAGCAAUUGCAGUAGGCGAUAUAGUUGUGAUGGACAACUUAGCUGUUCACCAUUUUGAUGGGGGCGAAGUGCUUGAAAACUUUUUAGCAGAAAUGGGAGUAGAAUUACUUUUCACACCAACAUACUCGCCAGACCUCAAUCCUAUUGAACUUUGCUUCAACAAGGUCAAAACAGAACUUAAUGGGCGUUAUUCUGAUAAUGUACGCGACAAUUUAAAAUUAGCAGUGACAGAGGCUGUUGAACGAAUAACAGAUUUAGAUGCACGUCAAUUUUAUCGCGCAACUUCUUACUUACUAUUAAUUUGUCAUCAUGCCAACAAAACGUUUUAUUUCAAAAUUUUAGUUGUACCAUAA